GAGGGAGGGAGCGCCGCAGCAGGAGGUCCGGACAAGGAAGGCCCGAGCUUUGGAGGCAGAAGAUCAGAGCCGGAAAUGUGCUUGGAGCUCUGAGUGUUUAAAACAGUCCAAUCUGGAGAGCAGAACCGGUUAGACUGCAAUUUAGACCCAAGAGCUUGUUUGAUCAUGACAGCUUGAGUACAGAGGCAAAGGAAGGAUUGUUGCUUUUGAAUGUAAAGAAACAAUCUUUUAGCUUUUCACUUGAAAGACUUUAUUCUGUUAGGGAUGACAAGUAAUCUAGCCACAGCUUUCUUCAUCUAACUUUAGUUCAUCACACAGAAAAGAAGUGAAAAACUGUCUCCUCAAUGGAAGAUGACAAUGAGCCUGAGCAGAGCUGCUGGGCUGGUUUACCUGAUGUCUGUCUGAGGCACGUCUUCCAUUGGCUAGAUGACAGGGAUAGAUCUCGGGCUGCCUUGGUCUGUAAAAAAUGGAGUCGAGCCAUGUACUCCGGAUCCCUCUGGAGAACCAGAACCAUCACAUUCAAUGGCCGACCAUCAAGGGCACACACAUUUGAAUUUGAAACUGCACUGUGGUAUGUCAAGAAAUUUGGCAAGUAUUUGGAGCACCUUGAGAUCAAAUUAUUGAAUCCUUACAAUGCUGUCUUGACCCGAAAAUUUCAAGUCACUAUGAGAGGUCUUCUCUCACACUUGGGUAAAUGUAAUAGCCGCCUGGUAUCCCUGAGCAUCCAGCAUCUGGAGUUAGACCGUGUGGUCUGGAAAAGCAUGGUAAGGGCUCAGUUUAUCAAGAACUUAGGAACCUUCCUGAAAAGAAUGAGCAAACAUCUUGAUUAUCUCAACUUAAAAGGAGCAAGAGUAACCUUGGAAGAAGGCUGCGAGCUUCUGAAUUCUCUGAGCUACCUGAGAAACAAAAGCUUUAUAUCUGAAGUCAACAUUGAAGAUUUCUUUAGUCUCCACCUUCCCAUCUACAGCAGUACAUUGUUCCACCAAGCUAUAUCCAAGUUCCACAGCCUGGUCAUCCUGACUUUCAAUUACAACUGUAUCUCUGAUGAACUGCUGGACAUCCUGUCUAAGCACAGUGCUCAUUCCCUCUGCACCCUGAAUAUCAAAUGCCAUAUCCAUGAUCCUCAUGGGCAAGUGGUGUGGGGGAUGUCAUGGGCAAACCUAGCCAGGAGAGCCCCACAACUGAAUGUGAACUUCUUCUUUGAAAGAGUCAUGAAACAUGAUCACCUAGCCAGGAUCCUGCUAGUGGAGAUCCCAGUCAGGAGCAUCAGUUUACGGAGCUGCUAUUUCAGUGACCCGGACUGGACAAUGAGACCUACCCUCAUCAACCUUCUUCCAGCCUACAGGCAUGUUCUGCAGAAAUUAACUCUUGAAGUAAACAAUGACCAUGAACUGCUGGACAAUGAGCUGCUACAGCUCAUUUUAUCAUGCAAGAGGUUGUUUUUUCUGAAAGUCUGGGCAUUUCUUAGUGUCACCUUUAUGGAGAAGCUUCUACAAAACCGUGCAGAAAAGAAAUGCAUUUUGACUACUAUAAAGAUCCAUUUCCAGUUUGUACUUUGCUGAACGGUUCAUUCUAGAAGAGAAAACAACCAGACUGAAGAUAAACUGACAAAACAGCAGUCUUCUUCAGCCCUUAACAGUGGUAAACUUGUCAAUGACCCAACACCUAGGCAUUAAGUCUCCCCAAAACAGCAGGUGUGAUAAGCAAUGCAAAUACUAUUAUGGAAUUCUGCAUAUAUGAACUGUUAGUUGCAAAGCCUACAGUUCCACAGCCUGAUGCUGCCUCCACAGAACUGAUGGUAUAAUUCCCACUGCAAUAAAAGGCACAGGUCUGGAUCCUGAGAUCACUAAGAAUUAUGUGCAAGUACUUUCAGUUCUACCUGAAACUAACUUCACACUAUUAAUGAUCAAAUGGAUGAACUAGAACUGAGCUUCUGUAACUGUUUAGCACUGAAGGUAACUUUGGACCCAUGCUCAGCUUGACUCUACAGCUUCUCCGGAAGAUCGCUAUCCUACUUUUCAGCUACCCAAUAUUCAGUUAUGCGCUUUGGCUCCACACCUGAUUUGCUCAUUGGUUUGUUCCAAUGUACGUUCAAGCAAAGCAAUAACUCCUUGGAAGACUUCAGUUUCCUUGAUUAGUUCCUGUUCCACUUCAUCAUGGACCAAGUCAAUCCCAACUCGCCUCUCCCUAAAGAAAAGAAGAGCCAUCAGCCAUAUCAUUGUUCAACUAUCUGCAGUUGAUGAAGCCCAAAUUUCCAUAACCAAGGCUUUUUCUUGCGACACUGGAAAUGGUCAUCGUUCUUUCAUAGCUUUGGUUUCCCAGUGUGACACCACAGAAAUCAGACUGACUCUGCUGCAGAAGUAAGACCUUAGAUUGCAGGCUUUUUUUCUUAUUUGUUAAUGAUUUGUAAUCUAUAUUUCUUCUCUGUCUGCAUGCUAUUCUUUCUUAAUCUCACCUGUUCAGGAGACACUGUUGGGCAAUGACAAGUGGUUCUUUGCAGCUUUCUAAGGCUUUCUCCAGCCUGGUCUUGAAAGUCAAUAGUACCUCUGUCUCAUUAACAAUCUGUUCAAGUUUGUCAACUAAUUCUUGCUUCCAGAAUUUUAUUUCAUCCAGUCUCUGUUCUGCAGAUUGAAAAUUGCAAGUAUGUAUUAAUAUAAGUCCAUCUUCUUUGCUAGAGCACUGUAGAUCAGGCCUUAGCUAAAGAUAGAAGGACUCAAUCCUCAAUGGAGUGCAUUUAGUGCUUUAAGCUGAUGUUCAGAGAUAGUUUUGCAACCAUGUGUCAGGAGAUUUGCAUGGACUAUCUUUCUGUGUAUU